UGGACUCACCGCCCAUCACCCCGUCCCCGGACAGAGCACUGAGUGUCCGUAACUGCUGCCGCGUUCCGCCCGGGCCUUCCUGACGCGUCAUCCACCCGCGCCCGUGUUCCGGCCGGACCCCGGGCUCCCUUUCCGGCCUGAGCCGCGCCCCCCCCCAGCGCCCUCGCGGUAACCGUCUUAUUUUCCGUACGAGCCCAGAGCAACAACGUGUGGCGCCUUGGGAGAGUUCGUCAGUAAUUACUGCGAGACACAACUGGGUGGGCGUUUAGGACAGGACGGAAAGCCGGCAAAUGGAGAUGGCAGAGGAAGAUAAUAGUGGGGAAGAAUACCCAAAUGAAAUUCAUGAUUAUCUGUCAGCAUUUGAAAAGUCUCUUGGUUCUGUAGAUGACAUGCUGAAGACUAUGAUGUCUGUUUCUAGGAGUGAGCUUCUUGAAAAGUUGGACCCUCUUGAACAAGCAAAAUUGGAUUUGGUUUCUGCAUACACGUUAAAUUCGAUGUUUUGGGUAUACCUGGCCACUCAAGGAAUCAAUCCCAAGGAACAUCCAGUGAAACAAGAGCUGGAGAGAAUAAGAACGUACAUGAACAGAGUCAAAGAAAUAACUGACAAGAAAAUGGCGUCCAAACUGGAUAAAGGAGCUGCAGCAAGAUUUGUAAGAAACGCAUUAUGGGAACCAAAACCUGAAAAUAAUCCUAAAGUGAAAGCUUCUGCUAAGACAAAAAAGAGAAAAACAAACUAGUUGUUUUUUAUUUUCUUUUGGUUGUAUUUUUGUUUAUCAGGUAGGGAGAUAACUAGAAAAUUAUUUUUUAAAUUGUGUUUUGUAUAUAUAUUUUGCAUCACAUAAAUGAAGUAAAACGACAAUUCGGUGAAUAUAUCUUUAGCAAAGAUCUAAACUGUAGGGUCACGUUGAACAGCUGCUACUGAGAUCACACCUGUAUAUACACAUGUAUAUCUGAAAGUGAAAGUUGGUCCUUGGAGAUUAACUUUAAAGCUUGGCUCUUUAAAUGAGAACAAACUAAUCAUUUUUGCCAGCUCUUUGUAAUAAUGUGCUAUUUCAUGAUUUGCUUCUAAUUCUAAUAAUUUUUUGGGAUAAUUCUGGCUGCUUGGAACUCUGUUUUCUUAGUUACUGCUAAAUUUAAUCUCUGAAUAUUCAGACAGUCACAAGCGAUGGACAUCUAGUCUGUGUGAAUUGUUUAUGUAGGAGCCACUGGUUUUCAAGUACAUCUGUGUAUGUAAUGCUUAAUUUGUAGGGCAUACUAUCCUUUGUAUUGCUUGUAUUAAAUAUACAUGAUGCCUCUUUU